GUUUCUUUGCGAAGAAGUUCUGCCCGCAGUACUUGGAUGGUUGAUUAUUUGUUGCUGCUUCAAGUCGAGAUUAAAACAUCACAUCAUGGCUGACAAUUCGCGGGCCGCUACAACUCUUCCCGGCGAGCAAGCGGAUCCGCACCCGCAAAACACUGCUUCAGAAUUCACAUCACAAAAGAAGCUCAAGCAUGAGAUCCCUCAGUCGCAAGUCGGAAAACUUUGGGAUGCAUUUGGAAAUCCCGAAGAGCCUGUCAACAUGCUCCCUUCUGCUGGAGUCAAGUCUGGAAAAAAGCACACCGACAUUACUGUUACCGAAGCUAUGAAGUCGAUGUCAUUGGAGAAUGCUACGUCUUUCUACAAGGCACCCUGCGCUCGGGAUUCGUUGCUUCUCGGCAUCGGCGCUGGGUUCGGUAUAGGUGGGGUGAGGGGUGUCCUCGGAGGGUUGCCGAAGAUUUGGACCGCCUGUAAUUGGGCCGUGGGCGCCUUCGCUAUUACCUCCCUCGCAGCACACGAAUUCUGCCAGCGACGGCGAGUGCAGGAAUUAGACGGCAUGAAACAGGCCGUGGAGCUAAUGAAGGAGCUCAAACUCAAGAAGCAACGCGAGAAAGAACAAAAGGAGAAGGAGAUCGCCCGUCUGGCGGAGGAAGAGAGGCAACGAAAGAGCUGGACCAAUCUUGCCAACUACAAGUUCUGGUAAUCUCAAUUGCAUAUUGCGCGGAGUCAGGGAGUAUGCUUUCAAGGCAAGGAUAUCAUUGUAUAUUAUUAACCAUAAAUCAUGUGGUAUGCAUGGUCAGUACAUACAUAUCGUUCUAUU